CCCAAUACUCACUCGACUCUAGUCCGUGUUGUGGACCGCGCGUGUGUAACUGUCUCACAAACGCCCCUAUCCACGUGCUCCUUAAAUAUACUCGGACUUCCGAGUAAUCUAUAAUGGACCCGUAAUUAGUAAUCAGUCAAUUCCUGCUAUCGUUAGAUACAGUGAAGUGUGGAGUGUGAUGGCCGAGAACUGCGCUCUCAUACCCGAAACAAACACAAUGUAUACAAACAAGGAUUCGUUGAAAGAUGUCAAAGACUUAUCAAAGAACUUAAUGAGCGGGGAAUUUGAGCGGCAAUACAUUGACAGUGAUAAUGGCCGGCGGAGAAAGGGAUGUGUUAUUUUGGGGGUGUCGGUGGGUUUAUUGGCUGUCUGGUUGCUUGUGCUCACGAUUGUUAGGGAGAUACAACUGACUAAUCUGCGCCAGGAAGUCGAUCAGCUCUCGGCGAACAUGAUCGCCAUGUCAGCGAACGUAAUGUCACUCAAUCAGAAGUUAUCCAGCAACAGACUCUUCAACGAGUUCAAAACUUUAGAGGACACGAUAUACGCAGACGAAGAUCAAGAGAGUAAUUUCGUUGAGACUAAGGACAAGGCAGGUCAAAGUGACGAGUCUCUGGACAAGCUGCGCGGUCUGACGGUCUUGGAGGAUGAGAGUCAGAUCGGUGAUGAUGAGGACUUGUACGACGGUGAUGAAGACGCGGAGAGCGGUGAUUGGUAUCCAGACUACGAUAGGAGAAGAGAAAAGGUUGGUACAACGAACAUGGUGCGAUUGAAGCCAGAGGACUUAGUGGGUAAUGUGGCCACCGAAGAUAUAACGACGCUAAAGAAUAUGCUCAACAAAGACCCAGAGCUACCAAACUUUUUACCAGAAACAUCUAGAAAGAGACGUAGCUUAUUCUCCGAUUCAACUCCUGAAAACGACUUCGUUCCUCCGAGAUCAGUGUCGAAACUUGAAGAAAGGCGUAAGACAAAAAAGUUCUUCCCGGACGAGUCCAGCAAGACAGCCACUCAUCCAGUGUCUAGAACCGCAAGAAAUAGCAAUGAUGAGGAAAGGAGACCGUUUAUAGCAGCUCAUUUCCACGGUAACACUUCGCAUCUCAGCACUGAAAUUCAUGAACAUUUCAAAGGUAAUGGUCUCGUUCGAGUGUCUCACGGCGCUGCCCACGACGUGUGGUACCCGUCGGGUUGGACGCUGGCCUCACCACACCCUCGACCAACCCUCACUCGCAACGGCCACGUGCACGUUCAUCAUAGCGGAGUCUACUUCGUCUAUGUUCAGAUUUACUACCUGGAUAGCCACGACGUGAUCUCGUGGGUGUUGCAUCGCACUGGGGCGUACUCCGAGGGCCGCGACACUCUCCUGCAGUGCGCACAGUCCUCGCACUCCACCGAGAGACUAGACAAACCAAACUCCUGUUUCUCAGCGGCAGCGCUGUUCCUACGAGCGGGAGACCGUCUCGCUGUACGGAACACCGGCGGUGAUAGACACUCGCUCAUGCAGCCGGAGAAGAGCUUCAUAGGUCUCGUUAAACUGGCCGACGCAAGCGAACCAGACUACGAGUUGUAAUAUUAUUCGUAUCGUCGGAGCCCGUAGCUGACUAUCGUAUGUGAUCGUUAGUAACGUUCUGUAUAUAUUUUAUAUACGAUGCUUAUUUUUCAUUCUUGCCGCGCUGUCAGUCCGCCAGUCAUGUUGGGGUGAUAUUUAUCGUUAUAGUCAUUACGUGCCAUUACAAAAUGGUUUGAAUUUUCAUUAGUUUUCGUUUAGUUACAUAUUAUGUUUUUUUAAAGUGAUAUCAGUGAUGGUUUUGUUGUAACAAAACAUAGGUAAGAAAUAUUAUAGUUUGAAAGUAAAGCAAUAUAGAAAGUAUUUUGUUCUAAUAUUUUUUUUUUUUUGCUUUUCAAUUUUUUUUUACGUAAUUUUUGAACUGCUUACUUUAUAGUUGUAGGUCUAGUUAUACGAUUAAACAAUCUUUGAUAUAAAAAGAUCUGUUAUGCCAUUGAUAUUGUAAGUUGAAACGAGUUACAUAAUUUAUUUUUAAUUUUAUAAUAUUUUUUUUUUUUCAGUAAAGUUUAAUGCAAACCGCAUAAUGUAUUUGAUGUUGUUUUAAAUAUAUCGGUGUAAAAAGUA